GUUUUCGUAUUUUCACGACGUGUGGUGACCUUUGUUGCGUCACGCGUGACGUCACACGGCUCGCGUGUCUUCUGGGAUGAGGCUCGGCGUGUGUGCGCGCGUGCGUGCGUGUUUGAUACGCCUUUAGUUUAGUCUGUGUCCGUUGUAUGGCGUGUGUUGUUCCUUAUCGCUGGGUCUCAGAGUCAUUAAAGGAUUUACAGUGUAAACAUCUCGGAACAGGAAGUGGGAUGUGACACGGUCACGCGCCUCGGGCACGCGCGUAUAUAAACACACGUGAGUGAUGGAAUCCGCUUCACUGGAUUCGCCUUGUGCUGGAACACCGAGAGCGGCGCGUCGUGUGGUGAUGUAGCGGCCGUGCGGCGGUAAAGUGUCCUGACGAAGCAAAUAAUGGACUCGGUAACGCUGGAGCCCGUGCGCGCCGCCGGGAGCCCGUGCGCGCUCCUCAAUGGACCGGGGAGCGCGCAGCAGCACGCGGGGACGCGCGCGGGACCUCUCGGGUGCGUGCCGCUCUCUCACCAGGUCGCGGGCCACAAGUACGGUGUGGACAAAGUAGGUAUACUGCAGCAUCCCGAUGGUACGGUACUGAAGCAGCUCCAGCCUCCACCCAGAGGGCCCAGAGAGCUGCAGUUCUACAGCACGGUUUAUGCCAAGGAUUGCUGUGAUCCCUGCUUACUCGAGCUGCAGCAGCAUCUUCCCAAAUACUACAGCACCUGGUCUUCUCCUGACAGCCCUACAGAGCUGUACCUGAAGCUGGAGGAUGUCACACGCCGCUUCCAGAAGCCCUGUAUCAUGGACGUGAAGAUCGGCCAGCGCAGCUACGACCCCUUUGCCUCGCAGGAGAAGCGUGAGCAACAGAUUAGGAAGUACCCCCUGAUGGAGGAGAUUGGCUUCCUGCUGCUGGGGAUGAGGGUGUACAACGUGGGCCUGGACAGCUUUGACACUUAUGACCAGCAUUAUGGACGUGGUCUGAUGAAGGAUACCGUCAAAGAUGGCCUGUGUAAGUUCUUCUACAACGGCGACCGCCUCCGGCGAGACGUCAUCGCUGCCAGCGUCACCAAGGUCCAAAGCAUCCUGCGCUGGUUCGAGAAGCAGAGGCAGUUGAACUUUUACGCCAGCUCCCUACUGUUCGUCUACGAGGGCCUUAAUUCGGCCCCAGAGGACAAACCCGUCACUCUGAGCCUGCAGAAGAACAAAGGGGUCCUGGAGUACAACAACAACAUCGAGCAGAACCUGUCCAGCAUGUACUCCCUGCACAGGAACGCCCGUGUGCAGAGCCGCCGUCCCGGCACGCAGGACAACAGCGCGUGGCACGACCUCCUCACUCAGAGCGACGCCUGCGAGCAGGAGACCAGAGCGCAGGAGCUGCCCGAGGUGGAGGUCCGAAUGAUCGACUUUGCCCACGUCUUCCCCAGCGAGGUCCACGACCACGGCUACAUCUACGGCCUGAGGAACCUGCUGAAGGUGCUGCAGAAGAUACUGGAUGACUGAAAGGUUCUUCUUCAGCCAUAACACACUGCUCAUCUCAUCAGAGAGGACAUUUAUAAAGUUGUAGCUACUCUUUCUUUCAUUCCUCUCUCCCUUAUUCAGGUCCUGCACUACGUGGACUAUGAUGAAGUAACCUGUUUGAAAAAGCUUGGUGUUGUAGUUGCUCUUUACGCGCCUGGGUUUUUUCCCCCCUCUUUUAUUUGUCUAUAAAGUGUUUUCUCAGGUAAAUCCAUUACAUAGUCAUGCAUAGUAUCUUUUCUUUUUUUUUCCGUCGCAAUAGCAGAAAGUAAAUUCUCUCACCUUUUGCACACCACAGCGUCUUAACCCCAUCUCUGAUGUUAGCUCGUAUUUAAUUCGUAUUGAUUUUGAUUCGUUUUCAUGUAGAGUUGCUUCAUUAAGUCUGCCGAUGCUAAUAGUCCGUUCCUUUACGCCGUGCUGCCCUGAUGUCCCCUGACCCCUGACCUAGGGUUGCAAUGGGGCAAAAAGUUUCCGCUAAAUAUUCCAAAUUGGAAACUUUAUGGGAAUUUACAGGAAUUUAUGGGAAUUAUUUGGAAAUAUAGGGAAAUUUAUAUAAACUAUAUCAUAUUAAACAUUUUGUUUGGUCAUAACACUCCUAAUUUACUGCUUAUUAAGAGUUAUUAAGUUUAGGUAUUGGGGAUUAUACAGUUAAGAAUGUAGAAUAAGGUCAUGCAGAAUAAGGCAUUAAUAUGUGCUUAAUAAGCACUAAUAAAUAGCCAAUAUUCUAUUAAUAUUCAUGCUAAUAAGCAACUAGUAAAAUGCCCCGAAAAUAAAGUGUUACUGUGCAUGUUAUGGAAGAACACAAGUACCUGCAGGGGUUUUGGCCUCAAUGGCCUUCCAGUAAGCAGUGUGCUGUGUGCGAGUGACCGAGGAGCUCAGGGUACAGAUUCUACUUAAAUCGCAUUAAAUCUUGUUGUUUUUAACAAAAUUAUGCUGCAAGAUUUUUUAAAACACAUUUAAGUUCCUUGUUAUAGACAACUCUGCAUUUUUUGUUAAAAUUCCCAGUUUAUUCCCAUAUAUUCCAGUUAAUUCCCAUGGAAAGUUUCCAGCCUUGAAAAUUCCCGGAAUUUUGCAACCCACCCCUGACCCCAGCCUGUGGUUAUUUUUUUUUUUUUACACAUUAAUUCCCCUGAAUAAAUACGCUCUUAUAUUUUUUGUGAUGUAACCACGCAGUAAGCUGGGAAAAAAAAAAAAAAAAGGAGAAAUGAUUUAUAUCAAAACAUCAAGACCAGGAUUCUCAGACCAGGACAGCUAUUAUUUUUUCUUUCUUUAUUAAUCUUUAAUUUUUUUAAAUUAUAUUUAUAUAUUAGCAAAAUUCUGUUGCAGCUUUUAUUUUUGAAAAAGUUUUAGGGCAUUGCUAAUUUUCUAGAGAUUCCCAUGUAGGUGCGUAAUCACUGUAUACGAGUCUGUGAAAUGUUCCUCAUCUCAGAGCUGAUACGAUUCAUGUCUUUGCUUUUGUUCUGCCUUUUUUUUUUUUUUUACUGUAAACAAAAACUGUAAUAUGUCUCACGUCCUCGUCUCAUGCUGAACGACUGCCGCCGUGUCGGACUCGAAAGUCUGAAAACCCCGAUUUCACGUUCCUGUCGGUUUAAACAGAACCAAUGGCACGUUUUCUGCAAGUCCCCCGAAUCUCCCCCGAGAAGAAAGUCGAGCUCUGAAGGAGGAAAAAAAAAAAAGAAGCGAAAUUGGAACGACGACGUCUUCGGACAAAGUCGACAAAUCUACCUGUGUGUCGAAUUCUCUGGCUCCUGUCUCGCUCUCAGGAAUGUAUUAACGUUACAAGGACAUCAAAGUAGUCGUGACGUCCGUACGCAAGAAGGAAAAAGGCCGUGGGCCGGUUUCAAGCUACGAUGCAUUUGUUCUGUACCGUGUGGCGUUAAAGCUAGGAUUUUGUUUGCAUUCCAGCGGUGUUCAGUCCUGCUCUUACAUUUACAGCAUUUAUUUUCAUUCAUGCACUGAAGUGGAAAAAUACUGUAUGAUUUGUACAUCAACCUUCCUGCUGUGAACUAAUCCGUUCGUCUGUAAUUUAGUUUGAAAUCUUAUUAUUAUUAUUAUUAUUAUUAAUUUUUGAACGGUUGCACCUGACUGACAUUUGCGCUGGUGCUCAGAGCACUUUAAUGAUUUUGCUAGACUGGAUUUUUGCCUUUAGAACUAGUUUAAUUACUGUAAAAAAUAAAUAAAUAAAUAAAUCCAUCUCCAUGGAAAUGUUUCCAAACAGAAGAAUUAAGCUUCAUGCUUUUUUUUUUUUUUUUGUAAUCUACUACUUAAUUUUUAUUUUUUGUUUCCCUGUGGAAGGUAAAAUGAUUUUUUUUCUAUUUACAUUCUCAAAAAAAAAAAAAAAAAAAAAAAAAAAAACGAAAUCAGGGUAAAUUUUAUCGUGUUAUGAGGAUCGUCGCUGCAUAUAAUCGGCCUCAGCUGUCCUGUAAUCCGCAGGCUUCGUUUCCAUGUUUAAAACCAGGCCGUAAAGCUGCAGGGUCACGCAAAUCAAACCCGGUUUUGGUGGAAGGAGCUGAAGGGUUUUCUCCAUGCGAAGCCGAAGCUCUGGAGGAGAUCCGUACUGGACCGACCGUGACUCAUGUGAACCCUGUUCUUAAUAAACCAAACUAAUUCCUUUCUUUUUGUUGUUGUCAUUGUUGUUGUUAUAUAUCUGUAUAACAUUUAAUAAUCAGACUCAUAUAUUAGGUGUAUAUUUGGCAAAUCUAUCAUUAUUAAUAAAAAUCGCUCUUAAUAACU